AUGCAAGCAAAAAAUGAUCUACGUGACCACCUCUACUCUGUACAAUAUACCUUCCCAGCCAAGAAGGAAUUUGUUAUUGACAAAUCUGGAUCAAUCAAGUUCUCUCAGAUCCAAGGUAUAAAAGGUGGUGUCACAAUCCACAGUCCUUCUAAUGGCAUGAUUAUAUCAUAUGAAAUCGAGCCACACGGAUCAGUCUCUAAAUUAGACUUAAAGUGGUCAGGAAGGUCCUUAUCAUCACCAACCUUUUGCCACAUUGUUGCCUGA